AAAAGGGCUGCACUUCUGGCCCUGCCCUUGGCGCCGUAGGUGCUGCUAAUCCCAAGGCUGCCGUGAGAUGCGGCCAACGUCAAAUGCAAAGGCGGAGGCUGAAAUUUCUGCAUUCCUUCUGGACGGUUUCUUGCAUUGCUGUCUUGUUAACGCGAACGUCGUAGUAGCAGGUCGGUUCUCGAUUGGUCACAGGAGCCAUCGAACUCGUGUCUGCUCCUGCUCCCCGAGCCAAGACCAGUUUGCUCCAACGAACCGGGCCCUUUCCACCUAAGUCUUACCUGAUUCACGCCAAACUCUCGUCCUUCUGACUAUGGCCAGGUUUAGACGAUCUUAAAUUUCAACAAUCGAGACGCCUGAGGAACAUUUGGACUGACAGGGUGAAUCAUACGCGUCGUCCGCCGUACCGCGUUCCCACAAUUCCCCUUCCGAGGUGACUUCGAGUCGACUCAAAAGUCACAAUUCCCCUUCCGGCUCUUUCCCUACUCCUGAAAUGGCGUCGCGGGUUCAACAACUCAGGUCUCUGAUCCUGUUUCUGGCUUCGCUAUCAACCAUCCUUCCGUCCAUCCUCGCUAUUGGCCUCUCGGCACAAGGCCUCGCCAGAGUCAGGGAGGCCAGAAGACCUUCCUUCGCCGAUCGAUCCCCGCUACAAGCAGCCUCGCUCCCCGAUAGAAGGAGCCUCGCUACAAGCCCGACGACAGCGGCAGUCGAGCUGCUAGCGGACGUGGCAGGCAAGGCGUCGGCGCUGAGCGACCAGAUUUUUGCCGUCAAGUAUGGGGACAGAGAUACCAUCGCCUUUCGUGGGGUUUUGACGGAGGCGUCUCUCAUCGUGAAGAACCUCGAUUCUGCCGCCACCAAUCUCGCCGACGCCGUGCGAGGGGGCCCGGACAAUCUCGACCGCAAGGAGCUCAACGAAGCGAUCGCAGCCGUCGGAUUUGCGCAGACGAGCGCGAACUACCUCGAGAUUGCCUUGCAGGCGAAUUUUCAAACCGUCAGCGACAAGACGGUCCGUCAACUCCAGACGGCCGCCGUCGCCUUGGCGGACGGUCUUCAGACGGUCAGAGCCGUUCUGGCAGAGCUUAAAAACUUACGAGUCGAGCGCGCCUUCGCCGCUGCCCUCUCGACCAAUCUGAACCAGCCACGUAGCGACGCCGUCGACCAGCACCAAUCGCUUGCCGAGGUGUUCCAAGCCCAGCUCACGAGUUCCAAUAACGGGGGAAAAUCAGACAAGCCGACGCCGAAAGCGAAGGUUGACGUGAAAGGGAGGCCGGUGGGCCACCACCCCCCGGGAGUGGGCGGUAAGGGAGGGAAGAACGUGGGGAGGUAUGAACCGAAUAAGGGGCACCACUCGGCAGGAAAGGGCGGACACUCCAGCCCAGGCAAGCAGACGUCCGGGACGAUCAAGAGCGGCAAUGCCCAGGCCAGUCAAACCACCACUAAGAGCCCGCCUAAGAGCCCCGCUAAAAGUCCCGCCAAGAGCCCCGCUAAGAGCCCCGAUAAGAGCCCUGCCAAGAGCCCCGCUAAGAGUCCCGUGAAGGCGCCUAUUCGCGCGCCUAGUACCGGGUACAGAGCAGUCCGAGCGGCGUCUACUAAGGCGGAUAAGACGGUCGCUCUGGAUGGCAGCGGCGAUUUUAAGAAGAUUCAGGAUGCUAUCAACUCGGUGCCGGACAAUACCGUGAUUUAUAUCAAGGCGGGAGUGUACAACGAAAUGGUGACUAUAUACAAGAAGGGGAUCACGCUUCUCGGGGAUGGCAUUGACAAGACGAUUGUUACUGGAUCCGCCAGCUACUCAUCAGGCUACGACAUCAUCACAUCAGCUACUAUCGGCGUGAAUGGUAACAAUUUCGUCGCAAUGUACAUGACCAUUCGCAACACUGCUGGCCCCUCGGGGCUCCAAGCCGUGGCCCUGCGCUUGGAUUCUGACCAGGCUGCACUGUACCAGGUCAAGGUUACUGGUUACCAAGAUACACUCUUCUGCUCCACGGGCCGUCACUACAUAAAAAACUGCAUUAUUGAGGGCACGGUGGACUUCGUUUUUGGUUACGGAGCUGCGGUGGUGCAGUCAUCUACACUCAAUGUGCUUAAAUCGCCGACUUGGACGACAACGGUUCUGGCCUCUGGGUGUUACCAGUCCGGGGCGCUGUGUGGGAUUGUGGUGGUUGACAGUAAAGUGAAUGGUGACUAUGGCGAUGUGUACCUGGGCCGGCCGUGGAAGGACUAUGCUGCCAUGGUCUUUAUCAACACUGUGCUGCCGACGAAGGUAAACAAGAACGGGUGGAUGCCCUGGAAGGUCGAUGAGACAUUCGGUGGGAAGCCCUUCUUAGCGGAGUAUGGAAGCAAGGGAGCUGGUGUCCAGUCAUCCAGGGUGUCGUGGGCGCGACCUGGCGUGGUUUCUUCACUAUCACAAGUCAGCAAGUACUCCCCGAAUAACUUCCUCUCGCUGAACUCGUGGAUUGGGAAGACAGGGGUUCCAGUUUGACUGCCUUGCUAGGCAAGUGCCACACAAAUGAUAAUUUUAGGGUUCAUAGUCCAAAUUAUAGGUACCCUCUAAUAAUUUGUUGUUUUGACUCAAGGAGUGUAGCAAU